CACAGCACCCCGUCGUAAUCUUCCCCCCACCUAAGAGUCCACAGCCCCGCAAUCUCUCGUGUGAACUUCCCUUUUCUCCUUUCUACCCUAACAAUACUAUAUCCUGUGUCCCAUCUCAGGCCAGUGCAUCGUACUCAUUGCCCAGGAUGGCUACCUAUAGUGGGUCUCACAAGAUCCCAACUGUCCAAGAGUUCCGCGAGACCGAGCGUCAGAGGGAGCAAGCCGCGGCUUCCAAUGGCACCGAAGUCGCCAGCGAUGAAGCAGCCGAAGCCCCUCCUCAACGAUCUGCCUCCGGAGCUCAUCCUCCUCUCAGUCAAUACCGGACCUCCAUCAGCUCGGGAGCUGCCACUGCGCCUGCCUCUGAAGGAGCUGGCGGAGAGCUGAGGCAGCGCAAGCCCGCCGCGACUGAUAGUGGUGCCGCUCCUCCUCCGCCGCCCAAGGAUGGCGACGACGUAGAAGGUGACGACGAGUACACAUCGCAGAGCGGAGCUGCUGAAAAGGAACGCUUGAAGAAGCAGUCGCAGCCGAAGGGGAAGCCAACUGACAGCUUCAAGGCCAAAGGAGAGCGGAAGGUCGAUGAUCCUACCACUGGAGGCAAGGUCAUUGUGGCAGAUGGCCACGACAGCGGAAAGGUCUCUCCCGACAAGCUCGAAGCUAGGUACUUCGACGGAGACAGCAAGAAGGGAUUUUCAACCAAUUGGCCCAACGACAGGAGCAAGCAUGACCCUGUUCACGUAUCUCCUGCCCCUGCUGAGCCUUCGAAUAUCCUCAUCCAUCCUUUCCCAGAGCCUCUGGAUGUCGGGUCCAUGACCAGACUGACUGGUGCUUUCCACAAGCUCGAGAUUGGUCUUCUGGUCGGCUCAGCCGUCAUUUGGCUCUUCACUGCCUUCGGUAGCGGAUACUGGAAGUUCUUCCUCCGAUCCACCAUUGUCUUUGGUGGUGCCUUUGGUGCAAUUACUGCCGUCCACCUUGCGCUUCGCCAAGUCGAGAAGGACAUGGAGGGCGUCCGAACGCACAUGCAUACUCAACGUGGACAGGACUAUGCACCUCCCAUCCCGGAGAGUGUCGAAUGGCUCAAUGCAAUGAUUGCUAUUGUCUGGAGGCAAAUUGACCCCGCUACAUUCAUUCCGAUGGCAGACCAGAUCGAGGACGUCAUGCAACAGUCCGUACCUGGCUUCAUCCAAGCCGUCAAGAUUUCAGAUCUUUCGCAGGGAACCAACCCCUUCCGCAUGGUCUGUCUCCGAGCUUUGGCAGACGUCAUGGGAGAGAAGGGCUACCCUCGAGCAGAAUGGAUGAAAGAGGGUCAGCCCGAACCCAAGGCUCAGACAGACAAGAAGGCCGAGAUCGCUGCCAAGAAGGACGAUGCAGAUGGCGACGGUAUCAGCGACGAUGACGAGGCAGGAGACUUCUACAAUGUCGAAUGCUCCUUCUCCUAUUCUGCUAGGCCUGGAACUACCAAUAAGGACCGUGCUGAGAAUAUUCACUUGCUGAUCGAGUUCUUCCUCGGCGCAUACGAUCUUUUCCAGGUGCCUCUGCCAGUCUGGGUUCAGAUCGAGCACAUCAGUGGUACCAUCCGUCUCAGGUGCCAAUUCGUCUCUUCUCCACCUUACAUUCGCAACGUUACCUUCUCCUUGAUGGGUGUGCCUCGCGUUGAGGUAUCCGUCCAACCCAUGGCGAAGGCUAUUCCGAACUUGCUCGACAUGCCAUUGAUCAGCGGUUUCGUCCAGUCGGCCAUUGCUGCUGCUGCCAACGAGUACGUCGCACCAAAGUCUAUGACGAUGAACCUCGAAGAGAUGCUCUCUGGAGGUGCUGCAAACGACACGAACACGGUCGGUGUGCUUUGGGUCAAGCUGGGACAUGGAGAAGGUCUGUCUGCACAGGACUCAAACGGAAAGUCUGACCCAUACGUCAACAUUGCCUUCAGCAAGUUCGGACGACCUCUCUACAGUUCUCGAAUCAUUUUCGAAGAUCUCAAUCCCAACUUCAACGAAUACGUGCCCCUCCUUGUUUCCAAGGACGAUGUUCGCGGUGGUGAAGAGCUCUCCAUUCAAUUGUGGGACUCGGACGAAAGGACUGCUGAUGACAUCGUUGGACGUAUCCAUGCCAUCCCUCUCGGUGAGCUGAUGAAGCACCCGAACAAGAUGCAUGAUCGAACAGACCACCUCGCAGGAUUCGAAGACGCAGACGAGAUGAUUGGAACCUUCACCUGGAGUGUGGGCUUCUUUGAGAAGCACAAGCUCAACAAGGACUUGCAGAAGCAAGUCGAAGCUCGCAAAGAGAAGGAGAAGGAGGCAGAGGCCAAGGAGGCGGGCGAGAAGUACAAGAAGCCUCCCCCUCCCACGAAGGAACAGGAAGACGCUCCUCCCGAUGCAACCAUCUGCCCACCAGACACCAGGUACAAGACCGCCAUCUUGGGCAUUACCGUCGCCAGCAUCAGUGCUCUCGCUACGCGAGAGGUCGAAGAAGGUCUCAAGGGCAAGGAACGAGAAGGCUCCAUGGGUCAAGAUGUCGAUGCCACACAGGAGGGCAAGAACCUCCCCAGCGCUUACUGUGAGAUUGUCCUCAAUGAUGACAUCUUGUACAAGACUCGUGUCAAGCCGUACUCGAACGCUCCCGUCUUCAACGCUGGUACCGAGACCUUUGUCAGGGACUGGACGCAAGCCAAUGUCACCAUCAUCGUACGAGACGCCCGUCUUCGUGAGCAUGACCCUAUCCUGGGUAUCGUCCAGAUCCCAGUGGGAAAGACCUUCACCGAGUCUUCCACCGUUUCGGCUCCCUACUCACUCAGUGACGGUAUUGGUUACGGUCGCGUGAACCUGACUCUCAAUCUGCGUACUCUGAAGCUCGACCUGCCCAAGGAGCUCUCAGGAUGGGAUACGGCUACCGUGGAGCUGCUUUCUGAGAUUGAGGUCAGCGGCUCUACCCCAGACUGGGAGUCUCGUCUGAAGCACGCAAAGAUCCGCGCUAGCACCGGUGACGACACCCAGCGCAUGAAGCCAGCUAGCAAGCAGCCCCAGAUCAACAAUAGCACUGGUACUGCAACUGGAAGCGACGACGACGAGAACGAUCCAGCUGUUGCCCGUCUGCCCGUCUACGACCGAUACUCGAGCUCUCUCUCCUUUGACUUUGGCGGCGGCGGUCUCAUCGGUGGGAAGCCGGAUGCCAUUGCCGUCUUCAGUCUUGCAGAAAUUGCCGACAACGAGGCGACCGACAUUGAGGUGGCCAUCCUGUCUUCGCCUCACCCAGGCACACUGAGGCGCAACUACAUCGACGAGUUUACGAAGAAGACGCACGAAUUCGAAGUCGUUGGAAAGCUCCGUUGCAGGAUUCGUGUCGACUCUGGUCUGGACGAGGACCACGAGAGACUGGCAAAGGGACGCUAUGCUCGCCAUGCUUACGAUGUUUAUGACCGUACGAUUGCCAUGCCGGAGCGAGCCGAGAAGAACUCUCACGCCAAUGACGAUGGUGUUGUGGACCGCAAGGAGCAAAAGGCAAUGGAUGCAGCCAAGACAAAGGCUUUGCACGCCCGUCAUCGUGGUUCCUACGGCUACGCUCCCGUAAGGACUUCAGUGUGGGCAAAGGAUGGCCUGAAGGAACGCUUCAGGAAAGUAGGAAACACCAUUACUGGCAAGAAGGACAAUGACUCUCAGGAAAAGAAGGUGGCGAGUGAGGCGUGAGGUUGCCCGGAGGAGGUGAUGGAUGAAUAUUGAUUUUCGCGUACUAUAUUGACGGAAUAGCAUCAGUAGCUCAUUUCACCAUCUCGUCUGUUUAGCGUCUGUCUAGCAAAAGAGAACGAGUGAAGCUGCCAAGCGCCGCUCAGUGCAAGUCAGGACACAUCAGGUGCUGGAUGAGAUCGAGGCGCUGUUUGCUAGUGCAUGAGAUUUGUCUAGACGAUGUGCUUAUGCUCUCUUACAAGACGAAACUGCCCACAACUCCCUCCACGAGCUUCUUGAUCACCUCACUCUUUUGUUUGCCUACCUCCAGAACCUCUUCAUGAUUCGCCGCCUCCUUCUGAUCUUUUGCGCCCACGUCUUCUCCAGCACUCCCCCCGGCUUGCUGUGCAGCAACGAGUGCUGCAAACGUAUCCGCAUAGGGUGUGACGACGACCUUGUUGGUAAUGAGUGA